AUGUCCGCGAGCAUCACGGGCGUCUCUACCGUAGAGAGCGGCACGAUCGCGAGAGGGUUGCAGAAUAAGAUCGUCACGAACAUCGUGUACAUGGACCCGACGUGCACGAACGACCAAGGGUACGGAUUUCUGUGGAGAAUCGUCGACACGAGCGACGGAAGUCAAAUCGCGCUCGAAGAGUCGACGACGAAAUCAAACACGCGGCAGCUCUUUCUGCCGCCGCGAACCUUGCCCGAGGGAAGGACGUACGCGAUUCGCUUCGACACGUUCAACAAAGGCAACCCAGCGGUCGCCGCGUCCGUGAACGUGAUCUUAUUCGUGAAGGCGUCCCCGCUCGAGCCCGUCGUCGAGGGCGGGUCGUUAGGUGCGUUCUAUACACUGGUCCCCAUACGACCGCGUUCGCGUGGUGAACGCCGAUCCUUAAGGACUUUUCCCGGCGUUUCUCUGCGCCUGGGCCCUCGCUUUCAAUCCCCGACCGCGACGCCUUUCAACGCCAAUUGA